AUGGACGACAAACCUCAGAAUUUCGAUGGAGAAAUUGAACAUGCUGCGUCAGACCGCAAUGAUACAAGCUCUGGCCGACCGUUCUCCAAUUCAUGGCGAGACGAGCCUCUGACACCCGCCGAGUUAACCAAAGUCACGAAGAUUCUCCGAGCAUGUGAGAACAAAGAUAGACAGCAGCUAGUCGCACUUGCCACGACCUCGGGCGGUCUCAUUGAGGAUCGUGUUAGACGUAUCGCCUGGCCCAUACUGUUGGGCGAGUCUCCUACAGAUGCCGAUCAUACAGUCGGCUGGCAACAAUUGCCUGUACAACGAGAUGAGGAGCAAGUCAAACUCGAUGUUCACCGCGCUUUCGUCUAUUAUCCUCUUAACGAAUCAGAGAAGCAAAUCGAAGGUCGAAAACAGGAACUCUCGGACCUCAUCACUGGGCUACUGCGUCGGCAUUCGUGCCUACACUACUUUCAGGGCUUCCAUGACAUUGCUCAAGUACUGUUGCUUGUGUUAGGCGCCGACGAGGCUGCACCUCUAUUGGCCCGUUUGUCUCUCUUGCGAAUCCGAGACUACAUGCUCCCUACGUUCUCUGCCAGUGAAUCACACGUGCAGCUACUGCCGGCAAUAGUCUACGCUACGGAUCCAAAACUCUGCCAGCAUCUGGCUGGAUUGCGGCCGUACUUUGCCAUUGCUGCAACACUAACUCUGUAUGCACACGACAUCGAAGAAUAUGGCGGUAUCUCUCGCUUGUUCGACUUUCUCCUGGCGCAUGAAGCUGUGAUAUCAGUGUACAUGUAUGCAACAAUCAUCAUGACUCGAAAAGACGAGCUUUUGGAGUACGACUCCGAUGAUUCGGAUAUGAUGUACGCAAUCUUGUCUAAACUCCCAAAGCCACUGGAUAUCGAAUCCCUCAUCACAAGGACGGCUUCGCUCUUUGAACAGCACCCACCAGAGACACUACCAUUCAGUGCAUGGCGCAAAGUGUCACAGUACAGCGUACUAAAGACCACACGUGAUUCGGAUGAACUUGCAAGGCAGACUCUUGAGGAAGGCGAGCUUCUUCACGCGAAACAUGCAGCACAGAUCAAGCGUCAGGAAACACUCCAGAAAAUGACUGCUCACUCGCGUUAUUUGGCCCACAAAUACCGAAGGCCUGCUGGAGCAUUCACGCUCGCGAUUGUCAUCGGUGUUAUGUCACUGUGGUUGGGCAGAAAUGGAAAUGGCAGCUCUAUCUUGUCGCCGGCCGUGUUGACUGACGCUAAGGACAAGCUACUGUGGGUCAUCAACUCGGCUUGGACAGGUCUCCGGCUGUGA